UCUCUCCUGUUUUCUGCUCUGGUCUGCUCUUAUUCACUAUUCACAGUCAAUCUCUUUCCACAAAUUGAACCACACACUAACAACUUCAUCUUUAAACAAAGGAAUGGUAUGAAUUCUUCCUUUUUGGAUAGGAUGCAAGCUUUAUAUAAAGAUGAAAUCAGAUUGGUUGAGUAGACUUUUGCAGAGCAAAUUCUUUACUUCUUGUGAUGAUCAUCAAGGACUGAGAAAGAAUGAGAAAAAUGUAUUCUGCAUAGAUUGCAAUCGUGAAUUUUGCAGGCAUUGUGUGAAGUCUCACUGCCUUCAUCGCCAACUUCAGAUCUGCAAAUAUGUGUAUCAUAAUGUUGUAAGGCUGCAAGACAUUCAGAAAUAUCUCGACUGCUCUAGAAUUCAGACAUACAAGAUCAAUGGAGAAAAAGCUGUGCACUUGAAUCCGAGACCUCAAUCCAGAGAUGCAAAACCAUCAACCAAAGCAAGAUUUGGUGGUUCCUGUGAAUCAUGUGGGAGAUAUAUACAAGACUUGCCUAAUCGCUUUUGCUGUAUUGCAUGCAAGUUCUCAGCUGUUUUAGUGAAGCCUAAAGCCUUAACCUUCACAAUUCAAGAAUUCUCAGACCUUUCUUGGAAGCAAAACUACAAUGAAGAAACACAGUCAAAUGAUGAGAAAUCGUCAUCGUCAUCGUCAUCAUCGCCUUCGUCGUCAUCGUCUUUUUCACUCACUGAGAUAUCUGAGGAAACUCAAGGAUGGCUGAGUUCAACAUUGAAGCCAAGAAGACAAUUGCAUAAGAGAAAAGGAAUCCCUCGCAGAGCUCCUUUCUGUUAAAUUCCAAAACCCAUUUCUCUGUUUUUUUUUUUAUAUAUCUAUAUACAAAUUUUGUCUCAGUUUAAAGUAUGCAUUUAAUUAA